AUGGACAGCUCCCAUGGUUACCAGAUGAACAGGUCAGACGCAUUCGGUAAACCCGGACAUUUAUUUAGUUGUCCGUACUCUGCACUAUGGGCAAUCAUUAUUUGUUUUCUUAUUGCUUUGCUGGUCGUCGCCACGGUGUUGGGAAACGCUCUGGUCAUGCUAGCAUUCGUGGUGGACACAAGUCUUCGGACCCAGAACAACUUUUUCCUGCUAAAUCUUGCAAUUUCUGAUUUUUUGGUUGGAGCAUUUUGCAUGCCUCUCUAUAUCCCCUAUGUGCUGACUGGGAAAUGGAUCUUUGGCAAGACCCUCUGUAAACUAUGGCUGGUCAUGGAUUACCUGCUCUGCACCUCUUCAGUGUUCAACAUAGUGCUGGUCAGCUAUGAUCGAUUCCUGUCAGUGAUCCGGGCAGUUGCAUACAGAGCCCAGCAAAGAAAGACUUUACAUGCUGUUUCCAAGAUGGUUCUGGUUUGGGUCCUAGCGUUCCUAUUAUAUGGACCUGCUAUCAUGGCAUGGGAGCACAUUGCCGGCCACAGCAUUGUUGAAAAGGAGGAGUGCUAUGCUGAAUUCUACUACAACUGGUACUUUCUGAUCACAGUGUCCACUGUGGAGUUCUUCACCCCCUUCAUCAGUGUGACCUUCUUCAAUGUGAGCAUAUACCUGAACAUCCACCAGCGGACCCAGUCUCGACAUGCAUUGAACAAGGAGACACAGGGCGGCGAGCCCAAAGGAAGCAGCCCAGAUCCACUCUCUGAACUCAGUACACAAGACAAGGAGCUGAGCCAAAGCAAAACUAUGACAUCAGUGCCAAUGGGUCCAUGUCUGGAGCUGGAGGGCAAAGCUGAGACAUCAGACUUGAUGAAUCCUGGAGACCUGGCACCCAAAGAGAAAGGACCCGAGAAAAGUAAAGGUGGCGAGUUCUCCCAGAGACUGCUCUCGAUGAGCAAAAGGACGAGGGCCAUUUCACAGACCAGUGCCCAACAUUUCAGGCUACUAAGGGAUAAGAAGGUGGCCAAAUCUCUGGCCAUCAUUGUUUGCACAUUUGGGGUCUGUUGGGCCCCAUACACCUUGCUGAUGAUUAUUCGGGCUGCCUGCAAUGACAGCUGCAUCUCCAGGUACUGGUACGAGGUGUCCUUCUGGUUGCUUUGGAUCAACUCAGCCAUCAACCCUGUCCUGUACCUACUGUGCCACUACAGUUUCAGGAAGGCUUUCAUGAAGCUUCUGUGCCCGAAGAAGCUUAAAAUGAAGGCUAGUUUACGAAGUACAUAA